UCCAGGGCGACAGGUGUUAGGUCGUUCCCUUUUGCAAAGGAGAACGCGGGAAACGGCGUUUGGCAAACGGGCGGGCUCUAAGCCGCUCCUGACUUGAGAACUAGAAGACUGACUCUUCGACGUGCAGGGAGAGUGCCUGUAGUGUGUGCUGGUUGGCUGCCAUGGUAACGUGUUCCAGGGAGCAACGGUGGAGGUGGCAGUAGGAGUCAGGCGAGCAAACUGCACCUUCGUGAAAGCUGGUCACCGCUCCUCGCGUCUGUACACACUUACCAUUGUGGCCUGCAGCAUCUUGAGUGGGGACGCAACUGAGACAAACUUAAUCAGCACGAAUGGGUUGAAAUACACAACCUGCUAAGCUGCAGCGUGGUUGGUUGGUUAGGAUGCAGCUGUGUGAACCCCAUUAGUGUGAUCAGUUUAUGAUUCAGUGUCUUAUGCAAAUACAGGUGAGGAAGACUGGAGAAAUUUUAAGGUAUAUACAUGAAGAAUACCUGAGAGAAUCAUUUGAGAGUGAUACAGCAUGCAACUGGGGACCAUGAUAUGGCAGCGAAACGUAAGAAAGGAUUAAGAAGUUCCAUUGAUGAUGUCCUUGGUGAUCUCCUUGGUGAUGAUGAUGACGCUCCCAUUAAAUCGGGCAAACCUGCCUCAUUUGGUAGCACUGAGGGGAAAGCCAGAGGAACUGUGCCACAGGCCAACAGAAGGGGCCUUCUGGAGGAUGACUUCUUUAGCAAAAUGGCUGUUGAGGAAGGGUCAGAUGUGGAGGAUCCUGAUAUCUCAGAUGUAGAUCCAGAAGCGCUUCUAGAGACCUUGAAGGAUAUGGAUGAGAUGGAGGCUGAUAUUUUGGGCAUAAAGAAAACAAGCGCAAGAUCUCCUCAGAAGCCUGUUAAAGGUAAAGGAACAGCAGAGCCUUUAGCUGAGCCAGCCAAAUCUGCUAAGACAGCAACCAUCACAGAAAAAGGAGACUCUGUAGGUGAAAUCAGUAAGGAUCUUGGUUCUGUUCCCUCUACCUCCAAACAACAGAAACGUUUCUCCCUUGAAGCUAUAGAUGAUCCUUUGGCUGGCCUUCUGUCUGAUGAUGAAGAGAGCACAGUGAAGAAAACACAUUCUUCCAUCACCAAAAAUACUCCAGAAAUCAGCGGAACCCCUAAUGAGAAAGUUCAUGGCUGUGCUGUUGCCCCGGACCAAAAACGAGAGGAAUUAACGUUUGAAGAUGAUGGAGAGGAUCUCAUGGAUGCUCUGGGGUUUGGUGAAACCUCGAAGGCAGAAGUGAAAUCUGGCAGGAAGAGUGAAGAAAAGGAACCUCGUCCUGCCCGAUCCAGGCUAGAUGAGUUGCUGGGACUAGGAACAGCAAAAAAACUCCUAGAGCGACCAAGCAUAGGGGAACCGAAGGAGUUCAAACUGGAUAAGAAAUAUCAGAAGCAAACAGAUAAGGAAGAUGCUCUGGGAGAUGACUUCACUUUUGGAGCCUACCAACCCACUAUGGCCUCAACUCCAGAGGGACGGCAGUCAAGACGACAAUCUGUCAGGUUUUCCUCUGAGAACCUCAGUGAGCUGAAAACAGAUCAGAGAUCAAAGGCUUCCCCCUCAGCAUCUACCAGUCCUGUACGCAACAAGUCUGGGGCUGACUGGCUGGGGCUGAAAGAUGAAGACAGUGACUUGCUACCACCAUCCCCACUAAAGGAACCUAGCAAAAGCAGUGCAAGAGGAAACACACUGGAUAUGCCACCAUUCCCUUCAGAAGCUAAGCAUCCUCCUUUUCCUACCACCCAGGGUCCUUCUAGGUCCAAACAAGUUACUGAAGAAGUCAUUCAAAAGAAUGAACCAGCUGAGGAUGAUGGUGACAAUUGGCUGAAUAAUGUCUUGUCUCAAAAAAAAUCUCAAGCACAGGAGAAAAUGAAGAAGAGACCCCGGUCCUCAGAUGUUCAGACACAUGGAGAUCAUCCCACCAGCCAACAUGUAACCUCCACUCAAGGACGACAUCAAUCUGCUGCCCCAACAGAUAAACCUGCCAGACUGGAAGAAUCAGAGUCUUUCAUUCCUUGGGAAAGAUCUCAGCAACAAUGUCCUCCUACUUUUCCAUCUGAUUCCAGGAAAGGGACUCCCUUUGGAGAUACAACUUCAAGAGCGUCUGCAGCUUUUUGGCAAGGACCUCAAGAAACCCUUAAGGUUCCUAUUCAUUCCCAGGCCCUGAUCUCAGAGCCCCAUCUCCUGAGCUCACCUAAUAAUGCUGACUAUGAGAAAAGAAUGGCAGGAGUGCAAGCACAGCUUCGAGAGACCCUGGCAACAUAUCAGGCCGAGCUGUUGAGUGCCCAAACUCACCUCACUGAGCUUGAAGUUCAGGUGAGACGGCUUGAACUGGAGAAGAACCAGCAGAAACUCUUGUUGGAAAGUCUGCAACGGCGUCACCAAGAAGACUUGGAACUUAUUGAGAAUGCACACAGGAACCGUGUGAAGGUGGUUGAGGACUCAUAUCGUCAGCGUGAGGAUCGUCUCCGGCAAGAGAAUCAGGAGUUGGUUGCACAAUACCUUUCUCGCUGUCAGAGCGCAGAGCAGGCAAAAUCAGAGAUGUUAGCCCAACAUCAGCGUCGACUAACUGAACUAGAGCAAGAAAAGGCCAAGGAAAUUGAUCGGCUACAGGAGCUUCAGCGUAUGUCCAUCCUGGAAAUGCGCAAGGAUCAUGAAGAGCAACUACAGCGCUUGAAACAACUGAAGACUCAGGAGAUUGAUGCAGUGACCAGUGCCACUUCCUACACCAGGUCUUUGAAUGGCAUUAUAGACCAGAUGGAGAAGUUCUCCAGCAAUCUGAAUGAUCUUGCCACCAAGGUGGAGGCCACUCACCACACUACCCACCAAGGUCUUGAGAUGGGUGCUCGCCAAAGAGAUGAACAGCUUAGGGUUCUGCAAGACCGUUUGAACCGGCAGCAGAGAGACAUGGAAGAUGAACGAGGCCGGCUACAAGAGGUUAUUUCUAAGAUGGAGGCCAGGCUAAACGAGCAAACCCGUCUUCUGGAACAGGAACGCUGGAGGGUCACCACCGAACAAGCCAAAGUGGAAUCCUUGCAGCACUCACUCGAGGAACAGCGAAGGGUCAUGACCCAGCAGCUAACCAUGGAGAGGGAAGAGUUAGAGAGGGCAAAGAACUCUUUGCUUGAGGAACAGAAAGCAGUCAUGCAGAAAUGUGCCGAGGAGCGUCGUAAACUCGCAGCUGAGUGGUCAGAGCUCCACAUCCAGCAGAGGCUGAGCAAAGAACGCUCAGAGCGGGAGGUUGACCGGGCUCUGCAAAUUGACUCUCAGAGAGAAGGGGUCAUCAUGAGCCUUGCAAAGGAACAAGCAGACCUGAAGAUCAAAGCCAGUGAGUUGAGAUCAAAGGAGGAGCAGCUGGUGAGGGAUCGAGAGCUUCUAGAGCAAGAGAAGCAAGAGCUGAGACUGGAGAAGGAGAGAGUCAAUGCAACAGCUUUGCACAUCAAACAGAGGGCAGAUGAAAUCAAUAGCAUGAGCAAGCUAUCCUCCCAGAAGUAUGAAGAAGGAGAGAAAGCCCUGUUGGAGGCAAAGAAGGUGGAAUCUGAGCACCAAGCCAGACUCCAUACUUUACAGCAGCAGAUGGAACGGCUCAGACAACAGGAGGAACAUCUGCACCAGGAACGGCUCAGUUUGUCUCAUCAGAGGAGGCAGCUUGAACAGCUACGGAUGGAACUUCCAGGCAACCCUCUGGCGUUUCAGAACAUGCCCCAGGUGCCGUUAUCGGGAGCUCCUGACAAAAUAAUCUCCAAUGUGCGCUAUUUGCCUCUUCCAAUUACUGUUCCACCUGAAGUUAACCCUGGGAACCCCAGAGCUUCUCAGGGACUUCCAAGAACAGAGCCAGCAGACUUAUAUGCAAAAUUGGUGUUGCACAAAAUUACAGCUGAACGAGAUCAUGAUUUCUUGGAAGAAGAGCAGUUCUUUUUAGAAACCUUGAAGAGAGCUUCCUAUAAGACUUCCUUCCAGUCAGCAUGAGAGAGGAUCAGUCCUAGAGAUAGUUGUGCCAAGAUUCACACUUCCUCCAAAUAAAGAAUGAUGUUAGCACUUUGAAUGGUUAACAUGAAAUCAAGCACAUAAAUAA